AUGGCGUCUGACGAGUCUACUCAGCCUCCUGCUCCCUCCAGCUCCAGUUCUAAGCAUUCCGAUCGUCCUACCUCCCAUUUCUUCCCCUGGGCUACGUCCCCAGAUAUCAUCCGGUCUCACGAAAAGGACGCUUACAUCACCGGCACGUUAACAACCCAAGUUCAGUCGAUUGUACGGACGCUUCGCGGCGCGAGAUUUGCUCAUGCACAUACUGACGCCAUUAAAAACCUUACCGAACUUUUAUAUUUGUCGCUCACGACUUUGAUCGGAAACAGAACCCUUGGAGAGGAAUACUGCGAUGUUGUACAAUUGGAGGAUGAUUCUUUACGGCUUCCAGCACUAGCGCGACGCGCUGGCUAUAUCUUUAGCUGCAUUCUUAUGCCGUGGACACUGCAGCGAAUUCUCCCAGCCUUUAGGCGCCGGCUGAGAGCGAAGCUGGAGCGGAGUAUUGCGCGGAAACAGGCAAAAUCCGUGUAUUUUUCAAAAGAGGAGCAGCAAAAGAAGAGGCAAAACCUAGCCCUUAAAUUCCAAAUGUAUAUUCUCGACCAUUUGGAUUCACUGACAUCUCUUUCGCCCAUUUACGCGGUCAACCUCGCGGCUUUCUAUUUCACAGGCGCAUAUUACCACAUUUCGAAGCGGCUAUGGGGAUUACGAUAUGUAUUCUCUAAAAAAAUAGGAGAAAGCGAAGAGAGAAUUGGGUACGAAGUACUGGGAGUAUUAAUGGUCUUGCAAAUUGUUGUCCAGGGUGUUGUCCACGCGAAACACGUUGUUGAGUCUAUCCACGAGGAAACUCAAUCAAAGGAGCGGCAGGACUUUGGAGGGGAUGGCAACCACUUGAAGAGCGUCUAUAACCCCCCAUCUGUGCCUUCGUUACCACCCAAUACACCCCGGUAUGAUCUCGCACUGGAUGCGGGAACCGCCCUCAACUGGAUACCGGCUGGGCAGCAGCGGAAGUGUACUUUAUGUCUGGAACCUUUCAAAGACCCAAGUGUAUCCACUUGCGGACAUGUGUUUUGCUGGAUAUGUAUUCGUGACUGGGUGCGAGAAAAGCCGGAAUGCCCUUUAUGCCGGCAAGAAGCACUAGGAUCCAAGAUCCUCCCGUUGAGAGGAUAA